GAGGGAGAGAGAUAGAUAGAGAGAGAGAGACAGAGAGAAAGUGAGAGAGAGAGAGAGGGAAGGAGGGAACAGCAGAAGAGACAGACGGAGAGAGAUAGACAGAUAGAAGAGGGUUAGGGAAGGACAAGUAGAGUUUCAAUGAGCACCACCUCUCUCCCCCGGCGCAAUCCUGAUCUUCUUUUGUCUCACAAAGGAGACACAGUGGAGCCCUACUACCAGGAGACCCUGCUGCACUACGCGCCGUACAGGGGCCACCUUCCCACGAUGCAGCGGGACGAGCUGGCGGUGGGCCGGGAAGAGCUCAGCUACGACCGCGUGUCCACCCUGGAGCGGGCGGAGCGCGUGGCCACGCUGGAGAGGAGCACGCUGGGCCGCCGGCUGGACCACGACAGCUACACGGUGGACGUGAGGGCCAGCGACCUGCAGCUGCCGCCGGCCAGGCCCGUCCACCCCUGCCUCAGCUACCGGACCUGGCUCUACAGCGCCCUCAUCGGGAGCAGUCUGCUGGUCACCACUGGCUUCUCCCUGUACCUGGGCAAUGUGUUCCCUGUGGCCAUGGACUACCUGCGCUGUGCUGCAGGCUCUGGUAUCCCGGCAGCAAUCGUUAGCUUCGCCAUUGCCAAAAACAGACAUGUUGCAGUGUCAGAUUUCCAGGUGAUGUUUGUGUCCUCCUUUGCCGUGACGACCACCUGCCUGGUGUGGUUUGGCUGCAAGCUGGUCCUCAGUCCCUCUGCCCUCAAUAUCAACUUUAACCUCAUCCUGCUCAUCCUCCUGGAAGUGCUGCUGGCCAGUACGGUCAUCCUCUCUGCCCGCUCAGCUGAGGACUGCUGCAGCCGCUCUAAGAUGGGGUAUGUUGCACCUAGAAAACCUGCCAAGUUCCCCACUAGAGUCCUGAAGGCCUACUCUGUGAUUGAGGUGAUCGUGGGGAUCUCCGCCGUGUUUGGUGGCAUCAUCGCUCUGAACAUGGACGCCCUCAUGCCAGGACCCUACCUGUCCGUCACCUUCUUCUGGAUCUUGGUGGCUUGUUUCCCCAGCGCCAUAGCCAGCCAUGUGGCAGCCGAGUAUCCCAACAAGUGUCUCGUGGAGGUGUUGAUUGCCAUCAGCAGCGUGACGUCCCCUCUGCUCUUCUCCGCCUCGGGCUACCUGUCCAGCAGCGUCAUCAGUGUCAUCGAGAUCUUCCAGCAAGAGAUCCCCACCUCCAAACAGUCCUAUGACAUCCUCCUGCUGAUCCUGCUGGUACUGCUGCUGGUGCAGGCGGUUCUGACCGUGUCCACGGUGGUGCACUGUGCCUCCUACAAGAGCCACAUCCACCAGGGGGCGCCAGAGUGGGAGGACAACCUGCCACCACCCCCACGCCUCUAUGAGCAUCAGGCGUCCAAUGGCAGUUUGAGGGAGUUUGAUAAGGACAAGGCUUGGAAGGCUGUAGUGGUGCAGAUGGCCCAGUGAGAAGAGAGGAGGAGGAGAGGGAGAGAUGGACAGCCAGUGUCUUUAUCACAUGACUGAAUGAAUGAGCCAGUGAAUGAGUGAGUGAGUGAGUGAGUGAGUGAAUCAGUGAGUGAGUGAGUGAGUGAGUGAAUCAGUGAAUCAGUGAAUCAGUGAGUUAGUGAGUGAAUGAGUCAGUGAGUGAGAGAGUGAAUCAGUGAAUCAGUGAGUUAGUGAGUGAAUGAGUCAGUGAAUGAGUGAGCAUGUGAGAAUGAGAGUGUGUGCGAGCAGGCUGACAGUGCGAGUCUGUGUGAGGUACAGUAGUGAAUGAGUGUGAUCCUCGCCGCGACGCACGCGAGCGACUGAAUGAGCGUAGAGAUAAAGCGAUUACGGUAUUCCACAGUGCCCGUGUCAGUCAGAAGUGUAAAGAGAUUAAAGUAACACUUGUAGAGCUCCCAUCACAGGGCCUGAGACUGUAGCCCAGCCACGCAGUGCACUGAAAAGCCCCCGCUGUGUGUGUGUGUGUGUGUGUGUGCACUCAUACUGUAUCUCUGUGGCCUGUAGCGUCACACACUAGAAGCUUGAUUAGAACUGAGAGACUUUGCUGUAGCUGAUCCCAGCACAUGAUAUUUCAUACCAGCCUGUCAUGUUACUAAGAGCCGCAGACAUUGUCUUUUUCCGAAUUGUCCAGGCAGAUGGCAUUGCUACUGUUCCAAGCAAGCGUGUGGUGGAGGAAGGGUCAGUGAGUCCAGCGGCACAGCAGUGUCUGCACUGCACUGGUAGAACAAUCUUCUGUUCUGUGUAUACAAUCUGUAGCGUGAGCUUUCAGGUCUUCCAAAUGUGCUCAGGAAGCCGAGUCCUAUUUCAUGAAGCGCUACUCCUCUAGUGUGGUGUAGAGAGCAAUGGUAAUGUACAUGUUACUGACUACUUAGUCUUCUGUAUUUUGUGUAUAUUAGUUAUAUGUUCAGGCCUGCUGAUUUUGUUGUAAUAAUAAAAAAAAUGGCUACUGUUGAACUUUGUA